AUUAGUAAUACGAGAUAAAUUCCCUACAGUAAUGAUGAAGAGCAUAAUAAUAUUUUCUUUUUUAAUUUUGGCGAUUGCACAGAUUCAGUGCCAAGAUGAAUUUCCAGACGCUUGCGGUCCAAAUGCAAGAUUUGUAUCAUGCGCAUCUUGUUGUGAGGAAGAAACCUGCGAACGUAGAAAUCCACCAUCAUGUCAAAAUUGCCCAGCGGUGUGCAGGGGUCCAGGAUGCGAAUGUUUACCAGGAUACAUUAGAAAGAUGAAAGGUGGACCUUGCGUGGACGUCAAAAGUUGUUAAAAAUAUAGUAUAAAUAGUAAAUGUAGUUGAAAUGGAAUGUAAUUUAGUUUGUUUUGACUGUAGUAAAUAAAGAACUUAUUCUUUAUAU